AUGGCCGCGCCCGCGCCCACCGUCGCCAAGUCGCCGCCGGCGCUCGUGCCCCCGGCGGGGCCGACCCCGGGAGGCACGCUCCCGCUCUCCUCCAUCGACAAGACUGCCGCCGUCCGCGUCAUGGUUGACUUCAUCCAGGUCUUCCAGUCCCCCUCCUCCGACUCCUCCUCCGUCGACGAACAGGUGGCCGCCAUGCGCCAGGGCUUCGCCAGGGCGCUCGUCCCCUACUACCCGGUGGCCGGCCGCAUCGCCGAGCCGACCCCGGGCGAGCCCGUGGUCGACUGCACCGGCGAGGGCGUCUGGUUCGUGGAGGCCGCCGCCAGCUGCUCCCUCGCCGACGUCAACGGCCUCGAGGACCGCCCGCUCGCCAUCCCCAAGGCCGACCUCAUCCCCCGCCCUCCCGCCGACCACAAGCUCGAGGACCAGAUCCUCCUCGCGCAGAUCACCAAGUUCACCUGCGGCGGCUACGCCGUCGGCAUUUGCUUCAGCCACCUGGUGUUCGACGGGCAGGGCGCGGCGCAGUUCCUCACGGCCGUCGGCGAGAUGGCGCGGGGCCUCCCGGAGCCGUCGGUCAAGCCGAUCUGGUCCCGCGACGCCAUCCCCAACCCGCCCAAGCCGCCGCUCGGCCCGCCGCCGUCCUUCACGGCCUUCAACUUCGUCAAGUCCACCGUGGAGAUCUCGCUCGACAGCAUCAAGCGCGUCAAGGACCAGGUCGCCGCCGAGACGGCCCAGCGAUGCUCCACCUUCGACGUGGUGACCGCCAUGAUCUUCAAGUGCCGCGCCGCGGCCAUCGGGUCCGCGCCCGACGCCGAGGUGCGCCUGGGCUUCGCGGCCGGCACGCGCCACCUGCUCGGCAGCUCCCUGCCAUCGCCGGAAGGCUACUACGGCAACUGCGUGUACCCCGGCGGGCUCGCCAGGGCCAGCAAGGACGUCGAGGAGGCGUCACUGGUGGAGAUUGUGACCGCGAUCCGGGAGGCCAAGGACGCGCUGUCGGCUCGGUUCCUGGACUGGCUGGGCGGCGGCGCCAAGGACAGCCACUACAAUGUGUCGCUGGACUACGGCACGCUGGUGGUGACCGACUGGAGCCACGUCGGGUUCAACGACGUCGACUACGGCUUUGGCGAGCCCACCUACGUCUUCACCUUGAACGACGACGUCAACAUUGUGCCGUCCGUGGUGUACCUCAAGCCGCCCAAGCCGAAGCAGGGCAUCCGGCUGGUGCUCCAGUGCGUCGAGGAGCCGCACGCCACCGUCUUCACCGAUGAGCUGCACAAGCUCGCCUAA